AUGAAUACCCUCCUCAUCGACCGCGCAACGUACAAAAUAAUAAAACGCAACCCAACAUCCAGCUUACAGUCUAAAAACAACGACCUUGUAAAACGACUGGAACAGCUGAAGCUAAUAGAUGCAAAAUUAGCCAAAAAACUGCGUACAUACAAGGCAGUUUGCCCCCGCAUUUAUGGCCAACCAAAGGCUCACAAACCGGGACUCCCACUCCGACCCGUCGUUCCCUGUAUGACCGCCCCUUCCUACCAACUAUCGAAAUACGUAGGAUCGAUCAUACAGCGAUCAUUAACGCCAAAAUAUAGUUUAAAAAACUCGAUGGAAUUCAACGAAUAUAUAAAAGGCGUUACGAUUCCACCGGGAUACGUAAUGGCAUCAUUCGACGUCGUCUCUCUCUUCACGUCGAUACCAAAGGAACUGGUACGAAAAAGCAUCUUCAAACAUUGGAGCCGCUUGUCUAUGCAAACUCCAAUUUGUCUCGACAUAUUUUGGGAAAUGGUAGAGUUCUGUAUGGACAGCAGCUAUUUUUGCUUCAACAACACUUUCUACCAGCAAACCUCAGGACUCGCGAUGGGAAGUCCGAUAGCGUCACCAAUCGCUGAGCUCACGUUAGACGACCUACUGGACGACGCAAUCGAAGCUUGCGUUACGCCACCCCUGCACAUAAAAAAAUACGUCGACGAUCUCUUCCUUGUCCUGCCGCCAACACAAGUGAACGAGAUAAAAAACGUAUUCAAUGCGCAGCAUGAAAAUGUCCAGUUUACCGUCGAAAUGGAAGAGAACGAAUCUCUACCUUUUCUGGAUAUGUUGCUCCAUAGGAACGAAGAGGUAUACAAAAUCGAAUGCAACGGGAAUCCAGACACGAGCGAAGAGGAAAACAACGAACAUAAAUGCGACGCCUGCUACAUAGGAUGCACAAUCGUUAAAUUAAAACAACGAAUGUCACAGCAUAAAACGCAAACCAACGAGCUGAAACGACUAUGGGAAAAAGGAUACACAAACGAGGACUACGCAAUCAUCCAACUACGACAACAGACAGCAUUAAUAGAACACGAAGCAGCUAUGCAUCAUCUGUUCGAUAUAGACAAAGUGAAAAUUAUCGACAGAG